AUGGAUUAUCGACUAUUUUUACCACCUACGAGAGCCACCGACUGCAAAGAAAUGAUUUUCCUUCCAAAGCAAAUAGAUGUUCAUAAAGAAAUGGUAUGUAGAUGGUUUCUUCAUGUGUCAAUGAAAACUGGGGGGGAUCAUAAUAAGGCCCCAAAAACACGUGAUGGAUAUUUGUGGAUCUAG